CCAUCUCCGUCCACUCGGAGACCUAACCAGUGCACACGAAUCGCUGAUCCGCACUAUGGACGCCCAGCCGCUGCAGGAGUCCAACCCCCCCGCCGGCGUUGACCGGAACGCCCCCGCCGCCGCCGGAGAUGACUGGCGCGCUCAGCUCCAUCCCGAGGCGCGCAGCAGGAUCGCCAAUAGGAUACUCAAAGCUUUACUGAAGUGUCUGCCAGUUGAAACGUCACAAGCAGUGGACGAGCUUCUAAAAAUAUCUGUGCGGUUCGAAGAGAAGAUCUACACUGCAGCGACCAGCCAGCCUGAUUAUAUGAGGAAGAUUUCUCUGAAGAUGCUCGGUAUGGAAAUGAAGACACAACCGGCUCGUGGAAAUGCUCAAGUAAAUCCAAAUCAAUACAACACCAAUCAAGGAUGACUUAGACGAUCAUGUUGAUGGUACAAACUCGAGUGUCCAGUUUCUGCAAAAGAGGCUUGCGGUUCUGAACAAUUGCGCCAAGGGUGGCUGUUGCUAUGUGUCGUCGCUGUAGUGAUUCUUGUGCUCAUUGUCUGGCUUUCGAGAAGUUCCUACAAACUUUGCCCCAGCUCAAAUCAGUUCAGUGUAGAAACAUUUAAAGAUAAGAUGAUUACUUCCAUUUUGCCUCCAUCUUUUUGCGAGAAUUGAUAUAUAUAUACUAUAUAGGCGGUGGAUACAUUGGGUAUGUGUAACUCAUGUAUAUGUAACUUGAGUAUGCAUACCUUUGGUAUGUAUAAG